CUCGUCGUCAUCCCAAUUUAAGUGGUCUCUAUUACUAAACUCCUCAUAACCGUUAGAUCAACUCUGUCUUCUCUCAUCCAACGGUUCAGAUCUCUCCACUUAUACUUGUUACAUAUAAAGAGACGUACGGUCACCGAUCUCUCUCUCUCACUAAAUGAAGAAGAGAAUCUCUCCGGCGAGAUUACCGGCGUUAUUCCGAUCAAUUUCGCCUGAGAGCUGUCGCAUGUUAUAAAUGGGUCUUCCUUUGUUAUCUUGUACUACCACAAGAGUCACUCUCUCUUCUUCUUCGUCUUGGUGUAGUAGUGGAAGCGGUGGGUUUAGGAGUAAUAGACUUUUCGAUUCUCCGGCGAGUUCGAGAUCGGAUUUUCAGAAACGUAGAGUGAAGGGAAUCUCACGUUUAAACGGUCUUUCGUUAGAGAAACCGAGGUCGAUCAAACCGCCGUCGUCUUCAUCCGCUGGACAGAGCAGCGGUGAAGUGAUAGACGACGGGGAUGCGGCGGCGCGUGGUUUAGCUGUUACUUCUGUAGAUGUAACGUCUGUGGGAAGUUUCAGCAGCGGCGAAUUUGUUGGCGGUGGUGGUGGUAGUUUAGCUGGACCUUCCGGUGAGGUAACAUCCGUCGGUGAAUUUGUCGGCGGAAGCGACGGAGAUUUUAAGGCCUGGGAUAAGAUCGGAGCUGUUCUUAAGUUGAGUUAUGGAAUCGGAAUAUACUGUGGGAUGGCUGCAGCAGGGAGAUUCAUAUGUGAAGUAGCUGGGAUUGAUUACACAGGAGGUUUCAAUGCUUCUUUAGAUGCAAUUAUUGCUGGACUUGGUUAUGCUUCUCCUCCAAUUAUGGCUCUUCUCUUCAUUCUUGAUGAUGAAGUUGUGAAAUUGUCCCCGCACGCUCGUGCUAUUAGAGAUGUUGAAGAUGAGGAGCUUCGAGGCUUCUUUCAUGGAAUGUCAGCUUGGCAGUUUAUCUUAGUAGUUACUGCAAGUUCAAUUGGAGAAGAGCUCUUUUAUCGCGCUGCUUUUCAGGGUGCACUAGCUGACAUAUUCUUAAGGGGCACAAAUCUCAUCUCAGAUUCUCGGGGAAUGGUCGCUUUGACUGGAAUCUUGCCACCAUUUGUACCUUUUGCUCAAGCAUUUGCAGCCACUAUUACAGCUGCUCUCACUGGUUCUCUCUAUUACAUCGCUGCUUCCCCUAAAGAUCCAACUUAUAUAAUGGCACCAGUCUUGAGAACUCACUCUGCCCGGGAGGAGCUGAAGAAGUUAUUUGCAGCGUGGUACGAGCGAAGACAGAUGAAGCAAAUCUACUCUCCGUUGCUUGAAGGGCUUUUGGGUCUAUACCUCGGCUUUGAAUGGAUUCAGACAAACAAUCUUCUUGCUCCUAUCAUCACACAUGGUAUAUACUCGGCUGUUGUAUUGGGGAAUGGUCUUUGGAAAUUACACCAUCAUCAGCAAAGACUCAGGCUACGCGUUCAGCAACUUGAAACUGAAGGUGACAACUGAAGAUAGAUAAAUAACUGGAUAAACAUUGUCCUUUCUUUUUAAAUUUUGUAAAGUGUCUUGUGUAUUGAGCCACCAUUGACUUGUACAAAUAGAUAGAAGCAAAGUAAAUGUAUAGAACAAAAUAGUUAAUAAUAAUAAGAGAGUGUAGCUAGCUAUGUGAAGCUUUUUAUUUU